GUGUCCUCACAUUUGUCAACUGUUACGAUGUGAAAUGGGCGACGAGAGUGCAAGACGUAUUCACAUACGCCAAACUGCUAGCCCUAUUCGUAAUAAUCGCAGCCGGAGGAUACCAGCUUUGCAAUGGACAUACGGAGCACUUUACAUUCAUCAACACAAAGACCGAGGUUACUUCCCUGGCUUUAUCAUUCUAUUCCGGCCUGUUCGCCUACAAUGGCUGGAAUUACCUAAAUUUCAUAAUAGAAGAACUAAAGGAUCCAGUGAGAAAUCUUCCUCUAGCGAUUGCAAUAUCGUGCACGUUGGUCACAAUCGUGUACGUGCUCACUAACGUUGCCUUUUAUACGACGUUGUCGCCAGCGGAAGUCUUAGGAUCGGAGGCGGUAGCGGUUUCGUUCGCCAACAAGCUGUUUGGCCCAUUCGCACUCUCCAUCCCAAUCUUCGUUGCGUUGUCAACCUUUGGGGCGGUUAAUGGAAUUUUGCUCACCUCCUCGAGAUUGUUCUACGCCGGCGCCUGUCACGGCCAAAUGCCCGAAAUCCUGACGAUGAUCCAAGCGAAACGGCUGACGCCGACGCCCGCAGUUUUGGCGAUGGCGUUGCUGUCGAUGCUAUACCUAACCGUUUCGGAUAUCUUCGCCCUGAUUAACUACGUCGGAUUCGCUACCUGGUUGAGCAUCGGAGUGUCGGUCCUGUGCCUGCCGUGGCUCAGAUGGAAAGCGCCAAAUUUAGAAAGGCCGAUCAAAGUGAACUUAAUCUGGCCGAUCAUUUACCUGCUCGCGACGAUAUUCGUGACCGCCGUGCCGAUGAUCGCUAGUCCCGUCGAGACCGGCAUCGGUCUCCUUAUGAUCUUGACGUCGGUUCCCGUGUACGUCGCGUUAAUAAUGUGGAAGAACAAGCCGUGGUGGUACCAGAAGAUCAUAUCCAAGAUCACGGUAGCCUUACAGAUGAUAUUCGUCGUCGUUGGAAAAUCGAAAGCUGCCGAGUUGUGAAGAUACUCGGUUAUUGUAAAACGAUGUUACUUACGUAAGGUUGGACACUUCUAAUGCAACGAAAUUAGAACUAUCCACCCUUACAGUCAUUAAAGUUUAAGCCCACAAUGUGACAAUAAAAAUGUGUUGCUGCGCACGUAAGGUAUCGCCUACAAUAAAGAUGUAAAUGUCUUUCAAUUCA